UGCGCGCCACCAUGUACGCGGGAGCCGGCCCCGUGCUCACGCCUCCAGCGCCACCGCCCCCCAUCCAAGGAUAUGCCUUCAAGCCGCCGCCCAGACCCGACUUCGGGACCUCGGGGAGAACAAUCAAACUGCAGGCCAACUUCUUCGAGAUGGACAUUCCUAAAAUCGACAUCUACCAUUAUGAAUUGGAUAUCAAGCCUGAGAAGUGCCCAAGGAGAGUCAACAGGGAGAUCGUGGAGCACAUGGUCCAGCACUUUAAGACCCAGAUCUUUGGGGAUCGGAAGCCAGUGUUCGACGGGAGGAAGAAUCUCUACACAGCCAUGCCUCUGCCCAUCGGAAGGGAUAAGGUGGAGCUGGAGGUGACGCUGCCAGGAGAGGGCAAGGACCGUAUCUUCAAGGUGUCCAUCAAGUGGGUGUCCUGCGUGAGCCUGCAGGCGCUGCACGAUGCACUUUCGGGGCGGCUGCCCAGCGUCCCCUUUGAGACCAUCCAGGCCCUGGACGUGGUCAUGAGGCAUUUGCCGUCCAUGAGGUACACGCCCGUGGGCCGCUCUUUCUUCACCGCCUCCGAAGGCUGCUCCAAUCCAUUGGGCGGCGGUCGGGAGGUCUGGUUCGGCUUCCACCAGUCGGUGCGGCCGUCCCUGUGGAAGAUGAUGCUCAACAUCGAUGUCUCUGCCACCGCAUUCUACAAGGCCCAGCCAGUCAUUGAGUUUGUAUGUGAAGUCUUGGAUUUCAAAAGUAUCGAAGAGCAACAGAAACCUCUGACAGAUUCCCAAAGGGUGAAGUUUACCAAAGAGAUCAAAGGUCUGAAGGUGGAGAUCACACACUGUGGGCAAAUGAAGAGGAAGUACCGGGUCUGCAAUGUGACCAGACGGCCUGCCAGCCACCAGACGUUUCCCCUGCAACAGGAGAGCGGACAGACGGUGGAGUGCACUGUGGCGCAGUACUUCAAGGACAGGCACAAACUGGUCCUGCGCUACCCCCACCUCCCGUGUCUGCAAGUGGGGCAGGAGCAGAAGCACACCUACCUCCCCCUAGAGGUGUGUAACAUCGUGGCCGGGCAGCGCUGCAUCAAGAAGCUGACGGACAAUCAGACCUCAACCAUGAUCCGGGCCACUGCCCGCUCAGCGCCCGACCGCCAGGAGGAAAUCAGCAAGCUGAUGCGCAGUGCCAGCUUCAACACAGACCCGUACGUGCGUGAGUUUGGAAUCAUGGUCAAGGAUGAGAUGACCGAUGUGACAGGCCGUGUCCUGCAGCCGCCGUCCAUCCUCUACGGGGGCCGGAACAAAGCGAUCGCCACCCCUGUACAGGGUGUCUGGGACAUGCGCAACAAGCAGUUCCACACGGGCAUCGAGAUCAAGGUGUGGGCCAUUGCCUGCUUCGCACCCCAGCGCCAGUGCACUGAGGUGCACCUGAAGUCCUUCACUGAACAGCUCAGGAAGAUUUCGAGGGACGCGGGGAUGCCCAUCCAGGGCCAGCCAUGCUUCUGCAAGUACGCGCAGGGUGCUGACAGCGUGGAGCCCAUGUUCCGGCACCUGAAGAAUACCUACGCUGGCCUGCAGCUUGUGGUGGUCAUCCUGCCUGGAAAGACACCUGUCUACGCCGAGGUCAAGCGUGUGGGGGACACGGUGCUGGGCAUGGCCACCCAGUGCGUGCAGAUGAAGAAUGUGCAAAGGACCACGCCGCAGACACUGUCCAACCUCUGCCUGAAAAUCAACGUCAAACUGGGUGGUGUCAACAACAUCCUGCUGCCCCAGGGCAGACCCCCGGUGUUCCAGCAGCCAGUCAUCUUCCUGGGGGCUGAUGUCACCCACCCACCCGCGGGUGAUGGGAAGAAGCCUUCCAUUGCUGCCGUCGUGGGCAGCAUGGAUGCCCACCCCAACCGCUAUUGUGCCACUGUGCGGGUACAACAGCACCGUCAGGAAAUCAUCCAGGACCUGGCGGCCAUGGUGCGAGAGCUGCUCAUCCAGUUCUACAAGUCCACACGCUUCAAACCCACCCGCAUCAUCUUCUAUCGAGAUGGCGUGUCCGAGGGCCAGUUCCAGCAGGUGCUGCACCAUGAGCUGCUGGCCAUCCGCGAGGCAUGCAUCAAGCUAGAGAAGGACUACCAGCCGGGUAUCACCUUCAUCGUGGUGCAGAAGAGACACCAUACACGGCUCUUCUGCACUGAUAAGAACGAGCGGGUUGGGAAAAGUGGCAACAUCCCUGCAGGCACCACUGUGGACACGAAGAUCACCCACCCCACUGAGUUUGACUUCUACCUGUGCAGCCACGCUGGCAUCCAGGGAACCAGUAGGCCUUCCCACUACCAUGUCCUCUGGGAUGACAAUCGCUUCUCUUCGGAUGAGCUCCAGAUCCUCACCUACCAGCUGUGUCACACCUACGUGCGCUGCACGCGCUCUGUGUCCAUCCCAGCACCCGCUUACUACGCUCACCUGGUGGCCUUCCGGGCCAGGUACCACCUGGUGGACAAAGAACACGACAGUGCUGAAGGAAGCCAUACCUCGGGGCAGAGCAACGGCCGAGACCAUCAGGCGCUGGCCAAGGCCGUGCAGGUCCACCAGGACACGCUGCGCACCAUGUACUUUGCUUGACUGUUGCCGUGUUUACGAUUGUGUACCAGUUGGAUUCACAUGAGACCAGCUACACUCAGACCAACAGAGGCCCAGCCCUUCCAUGCAGCCAGCAUGGAACGCGAGACGCCGUCGGCUUCCGUAGAUCGGCCAUUUCCAGAUUGCCUUCUGUCCCUGAAUUCAAACUUGGAUUUGGAACUGCAGCCUGCGUGAGACCCACUGCCGUAAGAAGUAUGGUUUGCCAAAAUCUCUAAGCUGCUUGCUACCAGAGUCCUCUGCUCCCGAACAUCUCCCAGAACCAGUCUCUGAACUCAGGGCUUUAAAACAUUUUUAAUUUAUUUGGUCAUGUGAUGUACUUGUUCUAACACACGACUCUGUGAAAGAGAUGGGCUCGAACUAGCUGUGCACGCUGAGAGGGAGCCGCUGGCUGCACACGUGGUUUUAAAGCCUUGAGCCUUCCGAUGUGUCACUGGAGUCAGUUGCCAGUGACCCGAGUGUGCUCCCGUCUGGGCUGGCUCCAGCUCCUCCGGCCCUGGCAGGGGCGCCUCUGCCACCGCCCCCCUCACUGGGCAAGGAUCGAGGAGCAGCACAGGGAUGGGUGGUGCGUGUUUACAUUUGUAGGGCCGGAGAGAUUGGCAGGCAAGUGCCAUUUUAGUAGAAAUUUAUGUAAAACAAAAGAGA